GAAAACUCUUCUUUUUUUUUAUAUAUUUCGCUAUCUACACUGUUUUAACAACUUUUACUUAAUAAUAACAUUUUGCAAAUCUAAAUUUUUUCGUAUCAUGGAAGAAGUUGAUGUAAAUGGCACACUUGAUGAAAAUUCUUGCGAGCUAUUUCCGCAGUUCAAAACAGUGCCCUUGAGUACAUUCAUCAAUGCGGAUCAGAUAGAGUUUGUGCCCAUUAAAGGCUUGGGACUAGGUAGGUCCGUUGACGAAAAUAUAGAGGAUGUGGCCGUAAACAUUGGGGACAAGGUUUUCAAGUGCAAUUUGUCGCUGUUAAGAGAACACUCGAUGUACUUUUCAAAGCACGAGACAAGUGACGUUGUCCUGAAUUUAUAUAUUGCCAACCUGUCGGCCGAUACGUUCGAGACAAUUUAUGAGUGGAUUUUUCAGGAUAUGAUGCAGCUUAAGCGUACGGAUCUGCUUGACUUGUUGGUGGCAUCACGCCAACUUGGAAUCGAUAAGUUGACUGCCAGAAUUUGGGAGUGCCUUACAAAUACGACCUACUUUAACGAAUUGGAUGCCUUUCAAUGCUUAAUUGAGGCACGUCGUCGCAACCUUAGUGUGGUCAGCACUCUCAUGAUGGCACGACUGCAGAAAAGCUUCCUAAUUCUGGUCGGCACAUGCGAGUUCGGCGAUCUAUCCUUCCCGGAUGUGGAGACGCUUUUAUCCUCGAAUCGUAUUGGCAUACACACUGAGCAAGAGGUCAUCUAUGCAGCCAUGCUGUGGAUCUAUCGUGAUCCCGAAACUCGUUUGCCCUACCUGGACAAACUAUUGUGUGUCGUACGCUUCGAGUUGCUCUCCGUACGAUUUCUGGAACAGUUGGAGCUUAUAAAUAACUUCGUGCCUGAGCAGGUUGUGCAUGAACGCAUUCUGCUAUCAAUUUGUCAUCGAAAUAGCAAAGACAUGUCUGUGCAACGCUUCAAAAACAUUAUGGGAGAGCGCUGCUGGGUCAAGGAUGAUCUGUGCCCAUAUGUAAGCAAGCUAAAGAAUCAUGAACUCCUUACCAUCGCCGCCUUUUUGGACUAUCUGAAAGUAUUGCAGUCCAGUGGCUGUCAUCAAUGGAGGGAAAUACAAAUUCUGUCUAAUAAUAUAGGAUAUGUAGAUAAGGAAAAAUUGCAGCACGAAAAGUCCUAUGUUAGGCCACAUACAGAGACUGCGGAUACUGACUUGAAUUGCGAUUCUACAAGUGAUGCUGUUACGUGUUGAUAGUGGCUUUAAAGCUUGUUCUAUAAAGACAUAGUUAGGCUUUGAAUGAAAUAAAUGAUGAGACCUUUACAGAUA